CGAAGAAGGACCACUCACUCGUACACCGACUACCACCUUACACUACACCACUACGACUAGCAUCUAGCUCAUGAUCUCUCCAAACGAAACCGUCCGGAGGGGUGGUCGCGGCCUGUCCUACGAUCCUGCCACGGGAACUUACACGCGCCCCCGCAAAUCGUCGCAGACGGCGCCGCCACCACUACCACCCAAAGAGAUAGACCCGUCAUACUCGAACGAAUACAUUUACUCGCCCAUCACCAAGGAGACUCACCGAGUCGCCGAACUCGACGGCGAUUCUGAUGCGGGAAGAUUAGAUUUGGAGGACAAGCUGGGGGACUCAUCCAAGAGCGAGCAGAGACGAUGGAAGGAAAAACAGAAAGCCAAGAGAUUACCGAAAAAGAAGCGGCAACUGAGAAUCUUAUCACUAGAUGGCGGCGGAAUAAGAGGUUAUUCUACACUUGUUAUCCUUCAAGAGUUGAUGCACCAGAUAUAUGUCCAGACUCAUAAUGGGAAAGGGCCCAAAACUCCUGCCGAUCUUCCUCGACCAUGCGACUACUUCGAUUUGAUUGGUGGCACUGGGACUGGGGGGUUGAUCGCCUUGAUGUUGGGGAGGAUGAGGAUGGAUGUUGAGAGCUGUAAGGAAUACUACGUGCAGUUAACGCGUUAUGUUUUCAUCACAGACAAGACUAUUUUGGGAGUACCUUACGGGAAAACUUUGUUCAAGUCUAGUCGUCUGGAAGAAGCUAUCCGGCACUGCGUCCGAGAGAGCACCAAGUUCGACACGGACAAAAUUAUUCCGCAUUCCCCGCCUCCAACGAGUCCUCCAGCCAUGACGCACAAAAGGACUGACUCAUGGGCGGAUCGGAUUUCUCCAAUCCGUCGCCGCGCCUCUUCACUCGAUCGUGAUCAACCCCGCGGCCGACGCGGAUCGGGCGGGACUCGGAAAGCGGGGAAUCCCGAAGCUCCCCUGUUUGACAAUCGACCCGGUAGGUGUCGGACGUUCGUCACGGCUGUUUACAAGGGUACAUCGCCAGAGUCGGCCGCGCCACCAGUAUUGUUGCGCACUUAUCCAUCGGCGGCCGAAAGCACUCCAUCGUAUGAUUGUAAAAUCUGGCAGGCCGGUCGAGCGACAUCGGCUAUUGAAUUCGCUUUCAAACCGAUUACAAUCGGACAAAACACCUUCCUAGACGAGGGUAGUGGGAUAUACAAUCCGGCCAUGCAAGCCCUGGAAGAAGCGCGAAACAACGAGUUCCCCGGCGAUGAAAUCUCCGUAUUCGUUUCUAUCGGCACGGGCAAGCGCCAUGAAGCCCCCCCCCAAUCACCGGGCCGUCACCGAACUAGCCGUGGUGAACGGCACCACAGCAACCAUAGCUCUGUAUCCCUCAGUCAGCAAAAGCCGCCCUGGUGGGAGGGCCUGAUAUCCUCGCCCUUCGAAGGUUUCGCUGAGGCGCGAAAGCGGCUCUACUCCAAGGUGGACGACUGCGAGCGCGUGCACAGGAUCCUCAUCGACGGCGAGGACGGUGGGCGCCCGGGACUGGCUAAAAUGGGUGUGCCGAGGGAAGACUACUACCGCUUCAACGUGGAAGUCGGUGUCGGCGAGUUUGCUCUGAAUGAGUGGAACCGCCUAACGGAAGUCAGCACGGGCACCCGGCGAUACCUUAGCCAGCGCGAAACUAGCGGCCUGGCGCGCGAGUGCGCUUCCAAGCUCGUGAGGAUAGAUAAAGCUAACACCGCACCCGCAGGAGAAUUUCUCAACCCAAAGCACCUCGACAAAGAAGCCUUCCCCCAAUCCUCCCCCAUAAGACCCAAACCCUCCAUCCCCCCACAAGACAUCGCAGAACUAAGCGCCGAGAUCGACCACGCGACAGCUGAUUGGGCCUCCCCUACGGCUUCCUCCCCACCCCCAGUCUCCCGACACGACACGCACCCGGCCUUCCGAGUAAUCCUGCCCGACCACCGUCACCACAUCCCGCAAUCACCAACAACUGAAGCGAUGACUAUGGACCAGGUUAUGACGCCAGAAAUACGGGUGCAGGAACCACCGCAGUUACCGCCGAAGCAACCGAAACCCGGACGUCCGCUGUAUCAUCAGGAACACCCGUACUAUCAGGCCGCGCAGGAGAUGCCUACGCCGAAUCCGGAGAUUAGGGUGACGAGUCCGACAACCGUGGCAGGCGGAGAUAGCGAUGAUGAGAGGAGGGGCGGGGUUCCACUUGGUGGGGGGAGGAGGAGGAGGAGGAGGAGCACCGGGAGGCGGUAGAAGUGGGGGUCUCUUUGUAUCCUUUCUUGUUUUUUUCUAGUUCCAUUUGUUUUGUUUAUUAAUGGGCGGGAAGAAGGUUGUGCUGAGCCAGCAGGAAUAUCCUUUUUUUUUUUCUCUACUUUUUUCUCUUCCUCCUAGAAAUAUUCCCUACCGUCCUCUAUUGUCUCUACCGAUUCCCUUUUUCCACCGGGCUAGCCGGGGGUCUCGCCUACCAGUUCGACCCAUCCUCAUCCACUCUAGCGCGAUCUUAGUUUUCUCCCUCCACCCCCAUUUCCUUCCCCGAUCCACAAGCAAGUAAGCAGCCGCAAGCGCGAUACCUUACUGCGCGCAGAUUAAUGUAUUUAAUGGUAACGAUGAUUCGUUUCCCC